UGCUUCCUCAUCCCUAGCUCAAACACACACACACACGAUUCUCCGUCCCUCAUAUCCUUCCAGAAUCCUCUAGUUUCUUCGCUCCCCCUCCCCUGCCAUGGCUUCUUAGCCCUUCCUCUCUCCGCAGCUAUCAUUUCUCGGAGGCCCCGCCCACUUUGCGCGGUCGCGCGUCUCGGGCUGACGUCACCGCGGGCGCCUUUUCCUAGUAAAGCGGAGUUCCCGAGGUGAUGCUGCGCGCUCCCUGAAAAUGUUGCGCAGGUUGUAAUGCAAAGAGGAGAGAGAAGGAGACGGAGAAGCAGCACCGAAAGACAGCGGUGACUGGGCAGGAGCCAGCCCCAUGACACACACAUAGAGCAGUGCGCACAUCACCUGCAGCAGAAGUGAAGAGGAAGGAGGUGGGGGGAGGAUCCUGCUGCAGAAUUUUGGAGGAGCCGUUAGUGCGGGCAUCAGAGCCCGGGCUUUAGUUGGUUGUCAACUUGCAGGAAGUAGCUGCUGCUGCUGCAUUCACCUACAGUGUGUGUGAGUGGGGACUGCGGCAGUGACACCUUCAUAGUCCUUAGGUUGUAGUAGGUGAAGCUUCCAAAAUUAUAAAAAAGGGGCGUGGGCAUCCUGUACCCACAAGAAGAGAUUAGCUGCAUUGGCAUACGCAGAUCCCUCAGCCUGGCACUGACACGUGAGUGAGUGCAGAAUCUGCACAAGCCCAGCUGUGGUGGUGGUGGUGGUGGCAUCUUUUGCAGGCACAUAGAACAGUCUAGUGGUGGUGGCAGCCACCAGGGCACCCUUGGCACCCUUGCAUUGCAGGAAAGAAGGGGGGUGUGUCAUCACCAUCGUGCAUCUCACUCUGCAACAUCACCACAAAACCUCUGUCUGCAUCAAGAGCAGCCCAAAAAGGUCUGUCUAUUGGUGGACUGGAGACCUCCUGGCACAGAGAAACGACGCCAGAUACUGGCAUGGAGCUGUCUGCCAUUGGCGAGCAAGUGUUCGCAGUAGAGAGCAUUCGCAAGAAGAGGAUGCGAAAGGGUAAAGUGGAAUAUCUAGUGAAGUGGAAAGGCUGGCCACCCAAAUACAGUACGUGGGAACCAGAAGAACACAUUCUGGAUCCACGUCUUGUUGUGGCAUAUGAAGAAAAGGAAGAAAAAGAUAGAGCUUCUGGGUGCAGGAAAAGAGGCCCAAAACCAAAGCGCCUCCUGCUGCAGAGGCUUUAUGGUAUGGACCUACGCAGCGCACACAAGUCCAAAGUCUGCUUCUCCUUGUCUCGGAGGUUCAGCAAUGGUCUGGGCUCUAAACCCACAGCCACCUCCUCAGUGCCAGAAAAAGCCAAGUCACUGCAAUUCCCCCUCAGCAAACAGCGCAAAGGGAGGAAGUUUUUGUGCCUGUCACGCAAGAAGUUUCUACGCGUAUCAACAUACGAGCCACUGAGCCGACGUCCAGAUUUCUUUACCAAGGAGGAUGAAAAUGAAGAAGCUCAGAGCAUUCCUGAAUGGCAGGAAGAGAAGACAGUAGAGGUGGAGACACAUGAGGACGAAGCUCUGCACGAAGCUGAUAUUAAGGAUGACACAGAUUCACCUGCUGCUCCUCCUUGGCUUCCUGCCUCCCCUCUGCCCAUUGAGAUUACCGUUACGGACAUCACCUCAAAUUCCAUCACGGUAACUUUUCGCGAAGCCCGGGCUGCCGAAGGCUUUUUUCGGGACCGCACUGCUGAAUGCUAGUUGCUGUCAUCCUCCUUUUACUCCACUUCCUCCUCCGAAACGAAGUUUAGAGACUGCGAAGAACUAGGACAUCGCAUCGACAAGUCCUUCUCUAUGAGAAUGUGACCCGAUGAUGUUUUGUUAGGGGACGACAGAAUACCGAUGCUGUUAUAUAUGGGCAUUGUAAAUGAUCGCUGCUUUGACUACGUAGUUUGUAUCUGUUUUUAUUCGGGGGUUAUACAGCUGUGCUCUUCCUGUGCAUGGAUGGAAACCAGUAUCUCGCAGUGGUGAUAGGUUAUCUGGAAACCUAAAAUAAGUAGAAGUCGUGGUAACAACAUUAACAUUUUCUAGUAAUAACACAUGCACAUAAUAUACAGCCCGAACGGACAAGAAUACUGAUACGAUUCAAUGCUAUGCAAAAUGGCAACGUCUACACAGUAAUAGGGUACCAUGAAUAUUUAGACACAGUAAUACUGAUCCAUACAGCACCUUACAAACAGACAUUACAGCACUUAUAUUCAGUAUUCUACAUAUUAGGCCUGUGUCUGCAUAUAAAGCAUACAGUAACACAGUGUUUCCCAACCAGGGUGCCUCCAGC